GAUUUAAUAGGAAGAUUGUGCUUUGGAUGGAUAACUGAUAAAGGUUAUAUCAGUUUAAAUAAGUAUAUGUUUCUAGUAAUGGUUAUGGAGGGAACCUGCAUAAUUUGCUUUCCCCUGAUGCAUACUAGAUACACAUUAUUACCAGUGGUAGCUAUAUAUGGAGUGUUUGUAGGAUCUGAAUUUGUGCAACAUCCUAUUAUAGUUUCAAAAUACAUGAGCAGCGAUGUACAAUCCAUCGCUAUGGGUUGUAUCAACCUUUUCUCUGGAUUAUUAGGAUUCGUACUUCCCAGCUAUAUCGGUUACUUCAGAGAUACGAUUGGAUCCUAUAACGGUAUUUUCUACAUAAAUGGCGUUCUAGAAGGUGCAGUAGGAUUUCUUUGGAUUUUUGUGCCUUUCAUUACACGGUGCUAUUCUUCGAAAGCUUUUAAUAGUAAUGAAUGCUGAGAAUAACGUGAAUAUCUUGAGAGCGAUGUACACUCAGUCAAAAUAAAAUGGGACAGUUCUAUAUCUCCUGCUCUACUGGGCCGAUUGAUGAAAUUAAACUUCCAUUUUUCAUGUUUCGAAAACGAUAUUUAGGAUAUAUAUUAGAUUUAUAUAUAGCAUUAUUCUAACGCACGUAUUUGGACACAAAAUCGGACUUUUCUGACGUGGUAUGCCAAUUUUUUCCCCUCAUUUCGAUUCUACUGCUCAAACUGUAUCUUUGUAAAAUAUGGCGUGAAAUUUAAUCAGUAAUUCAGAAAUUUACCUUGGCGCACUUUUAUUUUCUUAGAGUCAAGAAUAAUUCGCUGAGUGAACUUCUCAGUUUACGGCAACAUAUUUCAAUUUCCCUUUCAUUCUGCUCGAGCGGGGGGAAAAAGAAUCUUUUAUCUUUCUUAAAUAUUUUUACUUCAUAUUACAGUUUUUAAUUAUAGUUGUUAUUUUUAGACUUUUUCCCUUUUAGAAUUUCAUUUUAUUAUUUGAGUUGCAUGUUACAAUUACGGGUCUUUUAAGAGUUAUUUUCAAAAUUUAUAUUCCUUUAUUCGCACUGAGUACUUUAAACAUGUAUAUUCAUGUAAGUGUUUUUUUUUUAAUUUAAUUUUUAAUUAUCUGAAUAGCAUUUCUUUCAAAAGAAUACUUUUUCGCCCAGUAUUCCUGACGAUGUCUUUGAAAACUGCAUUGCCAUUAAAAGAGAAAAUAGCGUAAAGCCCAAUUAAUAUGUCAUUCAAAAAAAUAAAAAAGCUGUAUUAUCUACAUUUUAAUUUAGAAUUUUGCUUUUAAUAUGCAUACAAACAAUUUUCCCCGGUUUUAUCAUGAUUGCUUUACAUAAUUUUAUUAUCCUACAUCAUGUUUGUUAAAAUAUUAUCCAUAUUUAAAAAUAAGUUCAAAUUUUUAAUUUUUUACAUCUCAAAAAUCAAGUAGCUUAACAUAAAGACUAAAUUUUAUGCAAAUAAAUAAAUACAAAUAAUUGAAUAAAAAUAAAUAAAUAAAUAUCUUCUUAAUGCCUCAAACCUUUUUUCUUAAUGGCUUAAGAAAACCUUAAUACCUUAAUGAUUUUCUUGAGGCAAUUUGCCGAUAUAUCAAAGUGGCAGUGACAUCAAAGUGACAUACUUCCCUUUUUAUCCGAUGCAUACCAUACUCAAUUUUAAAACAGCUUGUUUUCUGUGACAUUCUUAGCUUUGUGUGUAUUUAAGCUGAGAGUUUUGAAUCUUUAGUUGAGAGAGCUUCUGACAAUCGCGUCUUGCUAUUAAUAUUUUUAACCAGCUUAUUAUAAAGCUUAUAACAAUAUGCCAAAUUAGCUUAUUACAAAUGCAAAAUCAGCUUAUAACAAAUAUGCCAAAUUUCAAAACGCGUCAAUAUAUAAAUUCA